CAAGGUCACUUGGUGGUCCGCAAGAUCGCUGCAGAGGCCAACUUGGCCGACAUCUUCACCAAGGCCUUCCCGAAGACCGCGCACUCUGCCCUCCUCCGCCUUCUCGGCCUUGGGCCCCGCCCCCCUUCCUGAUUCUGGGGUUGUGCCCUACAUAUACACUAGCUUUGCAUGCU